ACAAAUACAUGGUAACCCUCAGCUCAUAAAAAAAAAGAAAUCCGUCAGAGACAGGUUUCCCGUAUCGUAUCCCGUUUUCAUAAUUUUUCGGAUUUCAACAAAUAAUUUAGACCAAAAUUGUUAUUUUAAAUGUCAAAAGAGACGAAAUAAUGGAAGUGGUCGGUAUCUGCCGCUGCUGCCUGGCCCAGGGGCUGAACAAAGACUUGCAUUCCAGUUAUCUUUGGUUGGACAAAAAAGAAAACUAUGCUGAUAUGUUACAACAAUGCUUCAGUAUUACUCUGACUUCAAAUGGCAACAAAGCAGCCGGUAUCUGUGACAACUGUAUCAAGACUCUACGCACGUCGGUAACAUUCAAACAGCAAGUGCUCCAUGCUGACGAGGAGUUCCAGAAGUUAUUACAAAAUGUUGAUAAAGAAGACCCCAAGGUGAUCAAGAUUAAAAUAGAGCCUGGAGGGGACAGCGGAGACGACUCUGAUGAUUACUAUUUGGCAGACGCUGCAAGUGUUCAAAAUUCGACUCCUCCAAAGGUAAAGAACGAGAAGGAGCCAGUUAAGAAGAAAGCAGAGCCGAAGCGAACUAGACAGAAGGCAGUCAAGAAAUCUUCUGAAGAUGAGAAGGCGUGGAAGAAUGAGAAGAUCAAAACUCUUGUGUCUAGGCUCGCUACUUCUAUCAAAUCCUGUGACAUGCCAGACAUAAAAAAACCAGCAAAGAAGACUGAAGUGAAACCCAAGAAAACCAGACUAAAAUUAACCAUACCCUCAGCUGAUUCCAAAAUCAACUUACUAUGGACCGGCCAGCCUCACCAUGAAAAACUAAAACAUAAAGAAAACUUACAAACUAUACUGAAGUUCUCCAACGCUACACCGUUUACGAAUAAAACAUUAUUAGGCUAUUCCUGUGGGUAUUGUGAUCUAAGCUACCCGGACCCAGCUGAUCUCAGACAUCAUACUGAAACAUCCCAUCAGAAAGAACGAUUAAACUUCAAAGCAAAUUUUGAUAUGAGCGAGUAUAACGUCAAAGUUGAUGUGACAGAUCUAUCCUGCUCUUUGUGCGAAGAAAAAAUGGACAGCCUCGGCAUUUUCAAGGAACAUUUAGUGAAACAACACAGUAAAACAAUCUACAAUGACAUUAAAGAUCAUAUAUUACAGUUUAAGCUGAAAAAAGGUGAAGUAUAUGACUGUGCUAUGUGUCCGUCUACGUAUGAGACGUUUAAAAUGCUAAAACAACAUAUGAACAAACAUUAUAGUAACUAUACUUGUUCUAUUUGUGAUACCUCGUUUGCUACAAAACGGUCACUAACCGCACACAGAACAACCCACGAAGAGGGUAGUUUUAAAUGUGAUCAUUGUGAAAAAGUCUUCCCGAGCCGUACUAAGAAGCAUUAUCAUGAAAAAAUGAAGCAUUUAGGAGCGAGAAAUAUUUCAAACUGUCCAUAUUGCAACGUCCCGUUCCGCAGCUACUACCAACGGAAUCAACAUUUAGUGAAAGUGCAUAACAAUGAGGCUCAAUAUAAGUGUAAUGUGUGUAAUAAGGCCUAUAUACUAAAGAGUUUGUUAAUGUAUCAUAUAAAAAAAAGUCAUUUGAUGGAACGGAACUGUCAGUGUACGGAAUGUGGGUAUCGGUUCUUCAGUAAGAAAGCUUUAAAAGCACAUAUGGUUAAGCAUACGGGUGAAAGAAUAUACUCGUGUGAAGUUUGCCAAAAGUCCUACGCUAGGAAGUAUACUUUGAGAGAGCAUAUGCGGAUUCAUAAUAAUGAUAGACGUUUCAAGUGUGAAGUUUGUAAUAUGACGUUUGUACAGAAAUGUAGCUUGAAAAGUCAUUUGUUGUCCAACCACGGGAUAAGUGUGGCUGCUUCUGAAAUUAUACAAAAAACUUAGUUGUUAUUUUUAUAUUGAUCAGAAUUAAAAUCCGUUUCCAAUAUUUUAUCUAUCUCUUUAUUUGAUUACUACAGAUAGAAUUUUGAUAUGAUGAUGGUCCUCCUAGCUGAUUAUCGGCUACGGCGGCUGUCCUCAUAUAAGGAGAUCAGCCAGCUGCGCAGGACAUAUUAUAGUGCACAAGCAUUUGCUUGGACACAGGUAUACUCACUAUUCCUUCACUCUCAUAGCGGGAUGGGACGGCAAUCCGACACCACCGGAGAGAGUUCAGACGCAGGACCGACAUUAACGUGCUCUUCGUUGCACGGGUGUAUCAAUCACCAACUUCCAGGCUGCGGGUUGCUUUGUAAAAGUUUCUAAAGCGAUUUUCAGCAGCCGCGCUUGCGACAGCUAGACCAACGAGGCAGCUAAGAGAGCUAACCGAGAUAGAAUUUACACAUAAUCCUUAUACAAAUGUAUAUUAAAUUCCUAUCUCUAGUAAAAUCAAUAGAUGGAUAAAAUAUUGGGAACGGUCUUCAGUAAUUUUACUGGUAAUUAAAUUAAAAAUGUAAAUGUAUAGUAUAGUGUAAAUAUUGUUGUUUAACUUUUUUAUGUCACAGUUUAAAUAUCUGUUUCAAAUUAUUUGUUAUCAUGGAGAACAAAAUGACUAUCGAAGUUGUUAUAACGCAAAAUCUCUUAAGAAAAUAUCGCGACAAUAUGCUGGUGUUCGGGGGAACAGGAACUUUACUAUUGAUUAUACGUUAUCGGCACGGAUAUUGAGCUCUCGGCGGAAGAGUGGGGAUCGCUUUGCGCACUGGUACACAUAAGGCAAUAAACCAAUAAAUCGCUUCUGCACAGGUGAAGGUCAGGGCUCAAUAUCCGUGCCGAUAACAUAUAACUUAAAAGCAUUUUUAUUGUAAACCAACUACCGCCCGCGUCCCGAGAAAACUGCUUCCCGUAGCCGGAUGGUGACAAAACUAUCCUAUGUCCUUCUCCCGGGUCUAAGCUACCUCCCCUCUAAUUUUCAGCUUAAUCGCCAGUCGUUCACGCGAGAUGGCGUGACGAAGGGAUAUAGGGAUUAAUUUUUAACCGACUUCCCAAAAAGGAGGAGAAUUAUGUAUAUAGAUACCUAUGUGAAACAUUUUUUAUUGUAUAAGCACUGUGAUAUUUAUUUAAAUGCAAUUACAACUUUGUUUAUUGUCAU